CCAGACUAUCAUGGCGGCAGGACGGAGACCUUGCAAGUUCUCCCCGACCCACCCCAGUGCCAGCAACUCCAGAAUGCGGCAGCUCGCGGGCCUCCUCCUGUUGGUGACCAUCUGGGGGACUUACAGCAUACCAGCUCCUCCUGACUUCGUGUUCUCCAGCAGUGAGCAGGCCCACCAGGUGCUGCGGAUCCGCAAGCGAGCCAACACCUUCCUGGAGGAGCUCCGGGGCGGCAGCCUGGAACGGGAGUGCCUGGAGGAGAUCUGUGACCUAGAGGAGGCCCAGGAGAUUUUCCAAAAUGUGGAUGACACACUGGCCUUCUGGGCCAAGUACCUCGACGAAGACCAGUGCGCGGCCGCCCCGCCCGAGCACCUGUGCGAGAGCCCGUGUUGCGGGCACGGCAAUUGCAUCGACGGCAUGAGUGCCUUCCGCUGCGACUGCAACCCAGGCUGGGAGGGCCGCUUCUGCCAGCACGAGGUGAGCUACUCCAACUGCUCGCGGGACAAUGGCGGAUGUGCGCACUACUGCCUGGAGGAAGAGGGCGGGCGCCGCUGCGGCUGCGCGCCGGACUACAGGCUGGGGGACGACCACCUGCAGUGCGAGCCCAAGGUGAAGUUCCCCUGUGGGAGGCCAGGGAGGCGAAUGGAGAAGAAGCGCAAGAUGGUGAAACGCAGCACAAACGAAACUAACCAGAUAGACCCAAGGCUCGUUGACGGGAAGCUGUCUGGAUGGGGAGAGAGCCCCUGGCAGGUGAUCCUGCUGGACUCCAAGAAGAAGCUGGCAUGUGGGGCAGUGCUCAUCUACACCUCCUGGGUGCUGACAGCGGCCCACUGCAUGGAGGACUCUAAGAAGCUCAUGGUCAGGCUUGGGGAGUAUGACCUGCGGCGCUGGGAGAAGUGGGAGCUGGACCUGGAGAUCAAGGAUGUCUUCAUCCAUCCCAACUACAGCAAGAGCACCUCAGACAACGACAUCGCGCUGCUCCGCCUGGCCAAACCUGCCAUCCUCUCGCAGACCAUCGUGCCCAUCUGCCUCCCGGACAGCGGCCUUGCAGAGCGCGAGCUCACCCGGGCCGGCCAGGAGACGGUGGUGACGGGAUGGGGCUACCGCAGCGAGAUCAAGAGAAACCGCACCUUUGUCCUCAACUUUAUCAAGAUCCCCGUGGUCCCUCAAAAUGAUUGCAUCAAUGCCAUGCACAACAUGAUCUCCGAGAACAUGCUGUGUGCGGGCACCCUUGGGGACUCACAGGAUGCCUGUGAGGGUGACAGUGGAGGGCCUAUGGUUGUGUCCUUCCGUGGCACCUGGUUCCUGGUGGGCCUGGUGAGCUGGGGUGAGGGCUGCGGGCGCCUCCACAAUUACGGCGUUUACACGAAAGUCAGUCGCUACCUUGACUGGAUCCACAACCACGUUAGAGCUGAGGAGGCCUCCCUGGAGGCCCGGGUGCCGUAGCGUCCCUCAGGCUUGCAUCAGGAGCCCAGAGGCCACUCGUGGAAUGGUGCUGGAUUGCUGAAUGGUAACAUUUGAGACAUUAAAGGGGACAUGUGAUAAGCACACCA